AUGGCAGAACCCUCCCAAUUGCAAUUGAAUGGCCGUAAACGCAUGCGAGAGUAUGAACAGCAGACUGAUCCUGUUAGACAUGUUGCUGACAAGCGACAACAUAGUCCUACAAGCCCGGUGAAGACACAGGAAUCAGGGAACCAACGCAAGCCGAUUUCCAGUUCCCCAAAUAGUGGACCAAGAUAUCGACAGAAUGCACACUUCAUGGCUCUCUCAGUAAGAGGUGUUGUUAAUCUCUUCAGAUUUGUAAAAUGUGAGGCAGAACUACAUCGACAGAUUCUGGCAUUUUCUGUUUCACAUGAUCACCGAGAUGUCAGGAUCUAUGGCCAUUAUCCUGUGGUCAAUGGAGAGAGGACCACCUAUUACCGCCAUUCCAUUCGUCAAUUUAACUUCACAAAAUUGCGCUCUGCUAUUGAUGAGCUACCAGACGUCGACUCUAACAUGUUGCAGCAACCAGAGACGCCAUAUCAACCUGAGGUUUUACAUCAGUUGAAGCUGAGUUUCUCGAAAUCAACUGGACUUUCACAAGGUGCCGAAGGUGUUGAUACAGGGUUCAAGUACUACCUCUCUAUUGAAGAAAACUGGGACCGGUCCGCAUACUACUCCUUCAGGUGUUCCCGAAAAGAAAUCUGCAGAAGCCUUCAAAGUGCCAAGGAAAAGACGCCGAUAUUAUUAGAUAGUUGCUACUCUUGGAUACACGAUCCUCGUUCCAUCCAUUAUCAAAUCCGUAACCAGGGUUGGAGCCCUGUCGGCAUCACUCUUGCAUCUACCGCCGUUGCGGGAUCUCCAUUCCUGCUUGAAAUGCUUAAAGUCCUCUAUAUUCGUCACCGAAGGCUUCUCAUCAUUCAAGUAUACAUGGAAUUCUCAGACCAACUUUUCACAACCCGGAAUCCUGUUGUUUCGCGGCUGUCAGAUAGGUUCCCAUGCGACAAGGGUAUUUCAGUAAUCCUUUGCCUCCUCGCAUGA